ACAGAAAAACAGCAGCCUGUCGUCCCAACUACAAACUACCGGCUACUGCUCUUUGUUGUUGCCAAAGUGUAGCAACGCUCCGCGUCAUCGCGCUUAUAUACGUGACGCCGUACUCUCGCGAGAUGAGACUUGUGACGUAGGGACUAGCUGUCUGGCGCUUGCGGGAAGUUCAAGCGAGCGCUCUGUGACUGUCCCGCGAAAAGUGGAAGUGUUGGGCGACAUGUCAGACUCCGGAAGUUUCGCUGCAUCUCGUUCACGGCGUGAAAAAACAGAAAAGUCAGGCCGCAAGGAAGCCUUGGAACGCUUGAAAAGAGCAAAGGCUGGUGAAAAAGUCAAAUAUGAGGUGGCGCAAGUGUCCAGCAUUUAUGAAGAGGUUGAUGAAGCAGAAUACUCUAAGCUUGUCCGUGACCGUCAGGAUGAUGAUUGGAUAGUAGAUGAUGAUGGGACUGGCUACGUAGAAGAUGGAAGAGAGAUUUUUGAUGAUGACUUAGAAGACAAUGCCCUUGCUGAUUCAGGUAAAGGCGCUAAGGGAGCACCCAAAGACAAAACUAAUGUAAAAAAGUCAUCAGUGUCCAAGCCAAAUAAUAUCAAGUCAAUGUUUAUGGCCAGUGCUGUGAAAAAGACAACAGAUAAAACUGUGGAUUUGUCAAAAGAUGAUUUGCUUGGUGAUUUAUUGCAAGAUUUGAAGUCGCAGGCUGUUCCUAUAACACCACCACCAGUAAUAACACUAAAGAAGAAGAAACUUGCAGGAUCUCCUUUAAACCCUUUCUCAGUACCACCUACAGCCCCAAAGGUUUUACCUGCAAGUGUGAAAAGAUUACCAGCUGUAACCAAGCCUGGGCAUCCUGCUGCACAAUCAAAGGCUUCUGUACCCCGGCAAAUUAAGAAAGAGCCUAAGGCUGAGUUGAUUUCUUCUGCUGUUGGUCCUUUGAAAGUGGAAGCUCAAGUAAAAGAAGAGGAUUCGGGAAUGGUUGAGUUUGAUGAUGGAGAUUUUGAUGAACCCAUGGAAGAAGAUGUGGAAAUAACUCCAGUUGAUUCUAGCACAAUCAAGACACAAGCACAAAGCAUUAAGUGUGUGAAAGAAGAAAAUAUUAAAAAGGAAGAAAGUUCAUUCAUAACUUCUGCUACUUUAAAUGAGUCUUGUUGGGAUCAAAUUGAUGAGGCUGAACCAAUGACCACUGAAAUUCAGGUAGAUUCAAGCCACCUACCCUUGGUUACUGGUGCAGACGGGAGUCAAGUUUUUAGGUUUUAUUGGCUAGAUGCCUAUGAAGACCAGUACAGUCAGCCAGGAGUAGUCUAUUUAUUUGGAAAAGUUUGGAUCGAGUCAGCUGAUGCAUAUGUCAGCUGCUGUGUUAGUGUGAAGAACAUUGAGAGGACCGUAUAUCUUCUACCUCGUGAAAAUAGAGUGCAGCUUUCAACAGGAAAAGACACUGGAGCACCAGUUUCUAUGAUGCAUGUAUAUCAGGAGUUUAAUGAGGCUGUUGCAGAAAAGUACAAAAUCAUGAAGUUUAAAUCCAAGAAAGUUGAUAAGGAUUACGCUUUUGAAAUACCUGAUGUUCCAGCAAGCUCUGAAUAUCUGGAGGUUCGAUAUUCUGCGGACUCACCCCAACUUCCUCAGGAUCUAAAAGGAGAAACAUUUUCACAUGUUUUUGGAACAAAUACUUCAAGCUUGGAGCUUUUCUUGCUUAGCAGAAAAAUAAAAGGGCCCAGCUGGCUGGAGAUAAAAAGCCCACAACUGUCCAGUCAGCCCAUGAGCUGGUGCAAGGUUGAGGCAGUGGUGACGAGGCCUGACCAAGUGAGCGUUGUGAAGGAUCUCGCACCUCCUCCUGUCGUUGUUUUAUCUCUCAGUAUGAAGACCGUGCAGAAUGCAAAGACUCACCAAAAUGAGAUUGUGGCAAUAGCUGCUUUGGUUCAUCACACAUUUCCUCUUGAUAAGGCACCACCCCAGCCACCUUUCCAAACUCAUUUUUGUGUUCUGAGCAAACUUAAUGACUGCAUUUUCCCAUAUGACUACAAUGAAGCAGUGAAACAAAAGAAUGCCAAUAUUGAGAUUGCGUUAACUGAACGAACUCUACUUGGGUUUUUCCUAGCAAAAAUUCAUAAAAUUGAUCCAGAUGUUAUUGUAGGCCAUGACAUUUAUGGUUUUGAUCUUGAAGUGCUGCUUCAAAGGAUUAACUCAUGCAAGGUUCCAUUCUGGUCCAAAAUUGGGAGACUGAGAAGAUCUGUUAUGCCAAAACUUGGGGGUCGAAGUGGCUUUGCAGAAAGAAAUGCAGCUUGUGGACGCAUCAUUUGUGAUAUUGAGAUUUCUGCCAAGGAGUUAAUUCGCUGUAAAAGCUAUCAUUUGUCUGAAUUGGUACAUCAGAUACUGAAAGCAGAGAGAGUUGUAAUCCCACCUGAAAACAUCCGCAAUGCAUAUAAUGAUUCAGUACAUCUUCUGUACAUGCUGGAGAACACCUGGAUUGAUGCAAAAUUCAUCCUUCAGAUCAUGUGUGAGCUGAAUGUUCUUCCCCUGGCCUUACAAAUCACAAAUAUUGCAGGCAAUGUCAUGUCAAGGACAUUAAUGGGUGGACGCUCAGAAAGAAACGAGUACCUACUGCUUCACGCCUUCACAGAAAAUAACUUCAUAGUGCCAGACAAACCAGUGUUCAAGAAAAUGCAGCAGACCACUGUGGAGGACAAUGAUGAAAUGGGCACGGAUCAAAAUAAAAAUAAGAGUCGAAAGAAAGCUGCCUAUGCUGGAGGAUUGGUCCUGGAACCCAAAGUGGGUUUCUAUGACAAAUUCAUCUUGCUUCUCGAUUUCAACAGUUUGUACCCCUCCAUCAUUCAGGAAUACAAUAUCUGCUUUACUACAGUGCACAGAGAGGCUCCCUCAACACAGAAAUGCCAGCUGUUAUUUGAACAAUUUCUGGAUCUGGAGCAUCAACACUAAGAUGCCAAUUUGCUGACCUGAAUUUAUGCUGCAUGGGAGCAUCUGUAUCACCUAAAGGAGAG